AUGGACCUUCAGCUUCUCACUCGACCUAAAUGCUAUCGAAAUUCAGCUAUCGAAGUCGGCCCGGGUAAUGCUUGGCCUGUAAAAUGUUACUACUUUCGAAAAGUGAAUAGUUUUCCUCGAUUUCGAUUUGGUGGCUCGAUGAGUGUCUAUCGGUCACAACUCUAUCUCAAAUCGAAAUUUCCGGACACAGAUUUUCUGAUUGAUCUUGUUUCGAUUGGGUAUAUUGAAUCUGAUAGCACUUUACUAGACAUUCGUGGCUGUCACUUCCGAUUGAUGAUAUCAUUGGGCGAGUUUUGCGAGAAUGUGCGUGAUUGGCUUCGAGUUGUUGUACUUCGAUCUCGAGUUCCACAUACAUUGUUGGGCAGAAAACUGGAUUGGCAGAUUGAAAAGCCAGAAUGCCUCGACGCGAGUACCAUUUCUCCACUUUCAUGCUUCAAAUUUUGCACCAAAAAUAGAAAUCAACAGCAAAUCGAUUAU